AUGGCAUCAUCUGCGCCGUCACCUGUACCAUUUGGCAUGUCCGAGCCGCUUGACAGUGGUUCGAUCACAGAAUUGCUCGCGAAGUACGAGGCGUUCAAGAUUCUCGACAAUCAAAAGAAAGACUUCUUCGAUCAUGCCUUGAACCGGCUAAAAUACUUGUCAGAGCGUUUGGUCCAGGAGCGCAGCAACUUCGAGCUGGAGCGCACUUGGCUGAAGCAACAGCUCGCCAGUGCCGGACAGACCGGCGACCAUGAUCACUCAUCCUUAGAGCAAAAUCCAUACGUCUUGGUACUGAUCGACGGUAAUGAACUCAUAUUCCGUAACGCUUUCCUAGGCCAGGGCGAUCAAGGCGGUCGCCGCGCAGCGCAAGCUCUUUUCCAGGCUACCAAUGAAUUCGCCUUCUCAACCAUCCACGCUCUUCCAGACAAUACCAAGAUAGUCCUUAAAAUCUACGUCGACUUGGAAGAUCUCUGCAGUAUCGGCCUUCGCACUGGUUUGGUCAGCAAUGGCAACCAGAUCAAGACUUUCGUCCGCGGAUUUUGCCAGGAUAAAAAUCUGUUCGAUGUGAUCGAUGUCGGCAUGCAGGGUCGCGCUGUGGUGUUUGACAAGAUGGAAGAGAACCUGGCCAUGUACAUGUUCGACAAGCAGUGCAAGCACAUAGUCUUCGGCUGCGAGGACGGCGAGAUAUACGCACCUAUACUCAAACGCUUCACCGAGAAGAUCGAGACGACGCAACGCGUCACAUUGCUCCAUGGCACCGAACCCGACCGUUACCUUGCGGCACUGCACAUUGACAGGACCCAGAUGAAUGACAUCUUUCGUAACACGAAAAUGGAUAUUCACAAAUUGGUCGACCACGUUGCAGAACUGGAUUCUGUCCCAGCACUCCUUAUGGAAUCAGUCACCCCACCACUAUCGUCUCCUGCAACAUCGCGUUCUGGCUCGCGCACAGCUGUCGGAACAGCACGCACCGCUCUUCCUAGCAUCGCACACAGCCGUCAAGACUCAGCAAGCUCAAUCAGCUCUGCCAUCUCAGGAGUCCAGGUCAAGCCAAAGGAAAAUCCAUGGAUCUUGGCGGCGAAGAAAGGAGCAGCAGUGAAGACGCCCCCAAAGGAUAUACCCAAGGAGAAAGAGCAAUGGCCGACGGAUUAUGUGCGCCGCAACAAGAAGGGUCAACGGAUUGACCCGCCCACACCGGAGUUCAAGAAAGAUGAGGUCAAUCGACUGAAGAAGCUCAAGCUCUGCAACGCACACCAUCUUCGUCACGACUGUCCGUAUCCGGAGGGCAAAUGCGAGCAUGAUCAUGUAUACAAGUGCAAUCCGAAGGAGCUGGAGACGUUGAAACUUGUUGCACGCAUGUCAGCUUGCAUCCACGGAGCCGAGUGUUCUGAUCCUAAGUGCAUCUAUGGACAUCGUUGCCCAUUCCCGGAGGCCAGAGAGGGCAGUAUGCGCGGAAAGGCAUGUAUCAAUGGGGAAAACUGCAGGUUUCCCGCAGAGAUGCACAACAUGGACAUCGUUCCGGUUCGUCGUCUGAAGAUCACUUGAGGGCUGAUUGUGUUUUCCGGUAUAGCAGCGGUAGAUUGAGGUUUGACAGAAAGCUGUAUCGAUGCGAGACAGCUCAAGUAGCACACAAUGGAAGCUAUUUGAUUGCCUAAUUCCUGAAUUAGUG